AUGGAACGGAGCAGGGGAAUCUCAGACGAGGAGCUCUUCCUCAGUAAGCCCGCGCCAACUGAGGAUUGCGAUAGUCCGACAGUUGAACCUCUGAGAAUAUUCAAACCGCAGAGCCCGAAACCCGCCGACCGUUUCAAGUAUCCCCCGCCUGGCUCGUCUUCCGCUACGCCUUCUUCGUCUUCUUCCUCCUCCAAACCCAAACCAGCUUUCCUGCCGCCUGGCGCGCUGAGCUCUGCAAACUUGCUUCCUCUGCCUUACCCCGAAGACGACGAUGACGAUAGUAGUCGCAACAGGCCGAGGCCCACUGUCAAGCCCUAUCCCGUGCCCUCGAGCUCGGCCUAUAAUGACACCUCCCCUCGCAUUACCAGUCCCCUAGAGAAUAAAGGUCCCGGCCUUGCGGAGCGACGCGGUGCCACGCCGAAACCCCUGCCGACAAGUCCAAUCGACGACGAUCAGUCUGGUCUGUUUGCGAAGCCGAUAAAUAACCUUACUCAGAGGCCCGGCUCCACGGCCAACUACCCUCCCUUCAACAAGAAGCAAUACUACCCACCUCCGGGUGGUGGUUCGUCCAGCUCCGCGGCGGCGGCAGCGCGACCACCCGAGUCACUGCGCAUCCCGAAUGAAAAUAUGGUCAAUCGCUUUGCAUCGACUGCUAGUACCUCCACCACCCGAGCAAGUCGAGGAUCGCCGCCUCCUCCCGAGACCCCGAUCGUCGAGCCUGGUGAAGUGCCUGGCGGCGGUAUCGAGGCGCGCUAUGCUGCUAGUGGCAUAUCCGGCACCGCUACUCUAACAAGUCUUCAGGCCCAGAGCGCCGCGGCGGCGCAGAGGCUUGCUCAAUACGGAAACCACCGGCCGCCUCAGCGUCCGUGGACACCGACUGAGUCUCCCGAUCAGCAGCCACAUGGACCGCCUACGGUAUACCAAGGGUCUGCUCCGGUGUCGACCGCACCUGCGCAGAACGUGGCUUCGCCAGCUCCCAAGCCUCCAAACGCCGAGGGCAACGGCAACCUCCAAGUGAGCGUGUUAGAGCAAGAUUUCCAACGCCUAGGCACCAAGACCCCACCCCCUGCCUACUCGAGUGUUAAUCCGAACGCCGGCUCCGCUUACCCCAACGAGAAGCAACGGCCGGCAGCUGCGGCUGCCCCCGCUGCGCCCAAUAAUGCCGCCUCUGCCCCUCCUAAGCAGGCCCCCGCUGCUGCUGCCGUUGUUGCUACGGGAGCCGGUCUCGGCGUAUCACAGCCUAGCGCCGCUGCUGCCGCCGCUCUGAACUCUGGACAUCCUGCCUUUGCCAACGAUCCUCGGCCAGAGAGCAUCCCUCCUCAACCUCAAGCAGCCGCUGCCAUCCCCAGCUCGUCGCAAACCUUCGCCGCUGGAGCGGCGGUUCCAGGCGGCGCUGCGGGCCCUGCUUCACCUCCACCGCUUCCCGAGGGAUGGAUUGCCCAUCUCGACCAGAACUCUGGCCAGUAUUACUACAUCCAUCUCGCGACCCAGGCGACACAAUGGGAGUUCCCUAAGGGACCCAACCCCAUCCACCACGACGUUGCUCCCUUGUCGCCCGCCGCCUCUACGUACGGAAACCCUCUGGCAUCACCCCUAUAUGGUGGAAAGCAGGGUAUGGCAUCUCCUCUGUUCGGGGGCAAGCAAGGAAUGGCUUCUCCCAUGUUCCCGCCGCAUACCCCUGGAGGAUACGCCGAGAGCAUCAUGAGCGUUGCGAACUCUACUGCGCCCACGGCCGGUUUCACGGGCCCGCCACCAUCCGCUGGCGUGGACAUGUAUAAGAUCCAGCCGACAAAUGGAGUCUAUUUUGGCCCAUACCUGCGCUACGGCAACAUGAAUAUCGAGAAAGGCGUUUGGUACGGCAGCAUCAUGAUUGUAACCGAUACUCCAGAACCUCCCACGAUCCACAUCCAUCUCAGCGUCGAUCUCUCUCCCAACCCCAGGCAGCUUAUCCCCCAUGUCAUCCACACUCACCAGCGAUGGAACUUUUACAAAUACGAGAUCGAUCUUCCGAUGGGCGAGCAAGGCACCGAGCGCUGGACCUACGCUGUCACGUCGCACCUCGGCUGCACGAGAUAUGAGUUCGUCGUCGCCGGACGAAGCGAGCUCGGUUGGCGAUUCAUCGCGCAUUCGGGCAACGACUUCGCAGCCACUACCUCUCAGAACGAGCGAUCGAAGCUCGGCGGCGUCAGCUUCAUGUGGAAAGACGUAUUGCAGAAGAACGUCGACUGCGGCGGUUUCCACGUUCAGCUUGGUCUGGGCGCGCAGAUCUACGGUGAUCGGCUGUGGAAGGAAGUGCCGUUGUUGAGGCAGUGGUUGGCGAUGCGCGGCAAGGAGAAUCGAAAGAAUGCGCAGUGGACGGCGAGGCAUGAGGAAGAUGUAUCGCAUGCCUACUUCCACUACUACACGAGCCAUUUCGAUCAGCCUUUCUUGCGGGAGGCUUUCGCUCAGAUUCCUCACAUCCUUCAGAUCGAUGACCACGACAUCUUCGACGGCUAUGGUAGCUACCCCGACUAUAUGCAGAGCUCUCCCAUGUUCAAGAACAUUGGCCGCCUAGCUAUCGAAAUGUACCUUCUCUUCCAGCAUCACACGACCGUCGAGAUUCUCCGAAACAUGAGCAACGACAUGGAUCUUUUCACAGUCACGGGACAAGGCUGGCACUUCGUCAAGUACCUGGGACCUGCUGUCGCCGUCGUCGGCCCAGACUGCAGGUCUGAGAGAGAUCAGGCGCACGUCAUGGCGGGCCCGACGUACCAGGGCAUUUUCCCCAGAGUAGCGUCGUUGCCACCGAGCGUGCAGCACUGCAUCUGGAUGAUCUCGGUACCCCUCAUCUACCCACGCCUCGAGGCGGUCGAGAGUCUCGCCGGAGCGAUGGCGACGGGCAAGAAGGCCGUGAACACGAGCUACAACAUCCUCGGCAAGGUAACGAGCUCUGUCGCGGGCGUCGUCGGCGGCAAGGAAGUCGUGCAGCAGGGCUUCUCUCACGUCAAGAAGGCCGUCGGAAAGUCGGGACUCAUGGGCAAUGUCCUGAAUCAAUUCGGUGACCUCGAUGUCGCCGAGGUCCUCAAGGAUCUGUGGACGCACUCGAGCAAGGAUCUCGAACGCACUUACUUUAUCCGCACACUGCAGACUAUCGCGCAAGACAAGGGCGUGCGCAUGACCUUCCUCUCCGGCGGCGUCAACUGCUGCGGCGCCGGUCUCGUCCACGACCCAUCGCACCCUUCGGACCCCAAGACCAUGUACCAGCUCAUCACAUCGCCCAUCGUCGCGGCGCCUCAGCACAACUACAUCCUCAAGCUGCUCCACAACAACAAGCUCCUCUACGUGCCACAAAACGGCCACAAGUCCACGCACGAAGUCUCCGACACCAAGGAGGACAUGAUGGAGAUUUUCCACACCGACGCCAGCGGCGCCCCUCGCGAGCUCAAGAAGCUCAUGGGCAGGAGGAACUACGUCGCCGUCAUGGCGUACGACCCCGAUACCGUGGCUGCGGCGGCGGCCGGGGCUGUCCUCCCUGGACAGAUUCCCGGACAGCCGCAUCUUUUGUCUCCCGAGCAGCAAGGGCUGUCCAAGUUGAGUCUUGCUGUUGAUUUCGUCGUGCAGGGUGAUGGGGCGUUCCAGGCGACGACGAAGUAUGGACCUGUUAUUGUGCCGGGGCUGUAA